AUGGACUGUUACAGGAUUCCAGGUGCCUUUCCAGAGGUAGACAGUUUCGGCGAUGAUAGCCUGCAGCUGUCGACCACCAAGUCAUCUACAUCGACUCUUCUCUUUCAAGAUCAUCAACUGCGACCUCUUUUUCCGGCGAUGGAUAAGGCAAUGGCCCCGUACAACAUGGACAUCUCCAAAGAUCACCUUCGUCACGUAGCUGCGAAGCUGAAUGAGUCGAUGAAGCCGAUAGCUCCCAAGGAUAUUCUCCGAUUCCGGCCUACUGAAUCCCGUUCUGGUGAGAAGCCUCUUGCUGCUGAAUUGAAAUCAUCUAUCAAAUCAGCCACAAAGCCCACGGGGGAGCAACGCCAUCAUGUCGAUGGACGUCUUACUGCUGUCGCUCCCGACCCGUGUCAAGAAGCUCCAAUUCCAUCGCCGAGGAAGUCCGAUCACACUCCUAUAUGCGAACUUCAUAGGUCAAUGAUCAAAGGACUUCGAAGUCAGCAGACGCAAGAUGAGGCUCGAAUAGCGCAUCUUGAAAAGGUGCUGCAGCAACAGGACGUAGCCCACCAAAAUUUGAGAACGAACUUGACAGACCGAGAGCGAGAUAUUGCUAGACUCAAGCACAAGUUGCAGAUGAGGACCAAGGAGCGUGAUCCGGUCCACUUGCGGAACCAGCGGCUCACUAGCGAACUGGAGCACAAAAGUGCAGAACUCGAUGACUACACGAGGCUCCUGGGCGACUGCGCGACGAACAUCGUUGAAUUGGAGGAGGCGUUGGCUACCAGCGAGAAAUCUCUUCGAGAUAAGGAUAAAGUCAUUGCCAUGAAGAACGACGCGUUCGAAGACCUUCAAGCUUGCUGCGAAACCUCGCGUGUCAAUCACAAGAAGACUUGGGACCUCUUUGAGGCGAGGGGCGUCAGAAUGGCUGCCCUAGAAAUUGAAAGGGCUGCGGCAGCUCGGGAUCGCGACGAAGCUCAGAAGCAGGUCCGAAAUGUAACAUCAGACAAUCUCAGUCUACAGAAGCAGGUCGAUGAGCUCAGAGCACAGAACGGCGCUCUGUAUGGUCGGCUUUCUCUGGCCACAGGAUCCUUCGAAUAUUUGAGAAAUGUCGCCGGCCCACGAGACGCUGAGACCAUAUUCCGACUCGAGAAGGAAAAGAAGUUCUAUCACGAUGCUUUACUGCAACUCCGGCAGGCGACAUCGGAGAGGGAGCGCAUGAUGUCUCUUCAACUUGAGCGUUUGAAGGCAAAGGUAUCAUAUCAUGACAUGAAUUGUCAUGACCAUCUUGCGUGCGCCAGCACGGCUAUGGGGUUUCAAAAAGAGCUCUUAGAAUGCCGUGAAGUUGCUGCAGAGCGAGAAGGCUACAUCGUCGACCUGAAGGACGAAAAGGAACAUCUCUCGGUCGAAAUCAAGCGCCAAAACAAAAUAAUCUCAAGCUUUACCAGCGAGCUGGAACGGGGUCAGAAGGUUUCCAGUGACAAGAGUAUGAGCCUCACUUCCCUCCAAUCCCACAACAAAUUGCUCCAUGAGACCUGUGAGACGCAAGAACAGCUCCAGCAGCUGCUCGAAGACGAAAUGGAGCUCAAAGACGAAAAGAUUGACCAUCUAAAUUCUCGCCUGGAGCACGCCAAGAAAGACCUGGACGAUGUCGAGAGAAAGCUCGCGGCUGGCCACUUGGCAAGCUCCGCGCUCGCAGCAGAGUGCCAAGAGAAGGGCGCCUACAUCGAGAAACUCCAGGCUAGCAAGACGCGGAAUGACGAAAUUGCCUACGAGCUCCAUGGCAAGUCGAAGUACUGGCUGUCAAGACUGGCCACGGAGAAGGCAGAGCUGCUCGAGAGGGUCAGAGAGCUGGAACCCGCCGCCGAAGGCUGGGAUCUGGUCGACGGAGAGGAACGAAAAGAAGCUGAACGGGCUGAGGAUGCAGUCGAGGUGGAAGCCGACGGAGUCGAUGUUGCCGACGAUUCGGUGACCGAGGACGAGUGGGGAGAAUCGGAAGAGGAAGAGUACAGCUCGACGGUCGAGGGCGAGAGUACGGAGGGCUCAACGAGCGGCGACGAUUGGACAGACCCUGAAGAGGAAGACGUAGAAGGCGAUGAAGCGGAAUGCGAAAGCGAAGAGGACUCGGAUUGCGCAGACCCUGACGAGGAAGACGUAGAAGACGAUGAAGCGGACUCCUCGGAAUACGAAAGCGCAGACGACUCGGAUGAAUGGGAUGAAUUGGACGAUGAGGAAGUGGAUCCCUUGCCUGGCUGUGUGAUCAUGUGA